GAAGCAGUGGCAGGAGGAAAUGUUUGUUUCCACCAGCAGUGACUGAAUACACUCCGGCUGUAGGAGAGUGAACAGUAAACAGUGAGUGUGAUAUCAAUGAGAUAGAAUCACAUGCUGCAUUGUUUCCUGUGAACAGGACUGCAUUACUGGAGAACAAGAAAAAAGUCCUGACAGCCUUCCUCAUGUCUGAGCACUUGUACAUGGCUCCCUGCUGCACUGCAGCAGCAACAACAGGCGUCCAUGUAGACCACUAACUGACACAGAACGACCACUAGAUGGAUCCCAACACAAAGGAAAGGAGGAGACACCAUCGCCUCCAUAUUCACCAGUUUCCAAAGAAAAUCCACUUAUUUCAAGCAUUUCCUGGAAGUCUCCAUCUUGAUUCUCGUCUUGUUUUAACACAAAAGCUUAUUUCUUGAAAAUCCCUGAAACAAAGAAAUCUGGUAAACUGGUAGAAGUAGAAUGAACUCACAUUUUGUGGUACAAAUUAUUAGGUACACCUAGCUAAAGCUAAAGCAGGCUAAUACGUCAGUCCUGCAAAGAAGUACAUUUACAUCAGUGACGGUCGGCUAAAUAACAGAAACACCUGUCAGCAUAACACAAUACAGUUCAACAGCACCACAAACUGCAGCCUGCAAAAUGACCAACAGUUUCAACAAAAACUGAACAUUGAAACCUUCAAGAAGGGAGGAUUUAUUGCAGGGUUGUUUUCAAUAGACGGUAUUAGUUUUAGCUAGGUGUACCUAAUAAACUGGCAGCCUUUAGAGUUAAAAAUGAGGCCAAAUGACAUGUUAGGUGCUCAGUACCUUACCAAUGUACAUCAAUGGACAACAAUACCUGUAAACCAGCAUUUACCUUUAAUGUUGCAAACUAUAACAAACACUUUACAACAACACACCUGCAAUUUGUCUCCGAGUUACAUAUUACUGUACCACUAUUAUUAUUACUAAGGUCAGCGACGCCUCUUCACUUACCUUACUCCUCCCACCUGUUAGGGAUAGUACCACCUUUGCUCCUUAUUAAUCAGAGAAAACCCAGGUGUUUCCCAAUAAUCAUAUAAAUCAGAGGGAGGAAACAAAACCAACAGAGCUGCAGUAAGAGGCGGAGCAACACUGGAAAGACAAGAUUUUCAACGUCACAGAAAUGAAAGUUAAGUUUGUCAGAGUAGCAGCCACGCAGCAGUCAAGACAAAUCUAUGUUUCUCUCUAAAAGAAAAUUCAAACUGAGUUCAUCAGGUCUUUCUCAGCAACACAGCAGAGUCUCUGCCAAACACUGAUAUGGCUGCUGCAAACUAUCUGCGAUCUGAAGAUCAGUUUCUGUGCUCCAUCUGUCUGGAUGUGUUCACUGAUCCUGUCACCACACCAUGUGGACACAACUUCUGCAAAAACUGCAUCAAUGAACACUGGAAUACUAAUAACCAGUACCUGUGUCCGAUGUGUAAGGAGGCUUUUACCACAAGACCUGAGCUGCAGGUCAACACUUUCAUCUCUGAGAUAGUUGCUCAGUUCAGACAGUCAGCUCAACAGGAAGCCAGCAGCAGCAGCUCAGAGACACAAGUGUCGAAACCAGGAGAAGUUCCCUGUGACGUCUGCACUGCAACCAAACUGAAGUCCUGCCUGGUGUGUCUGGCCUCCUACUGUGAGACUCACCUGGAGUCUCGUCUGAAAAGACAUCAGCUGAUCGACCCUGUGGAGAACCUGGAAGGCAGGAUGUGUACGAAGCACAAUAAACCUCUGGAGCUGUUCUGUAAGACCGACCAGACAUGUGUCUACGCGCUCUGCCCUGUUUUAGACCACAAGACACAUGAUGUUGUUCCUCUGAAGGAAGGAUGUGAAGGGAAGAAGGCCGAGCUGGGGAAGACAGAGGCUGAAAUUCAGCAGAUGAUCCAGAAGAGACGACUGAAGAUUCAGGAGAUCAAAUGCUCGGUUGACCUCGGUAAGGAAGAUGCAGACAGAGAGAUAGCAGAAGGUGCUCAGGUCUUCACUUCUCUGAAGGAGUCUGUUGAGAGAGGCCAGGCCAAUCUCAUCCACACGAUCAAAGAGAAGCAGAAAACAACAGAGAAACAGGCCGAAGCUUUCAUCAAAGAGCUGGAACAGGAAAUCUCUGAGCUGAUGAAGAGAAGGACUGAGGUGGAGCAGCUCUCACGCUCUCAAGACCACCUCCAUCUUCUCCAGAGUUUCCAGUCCCUAAACACCCACCACCAACCACCCACCAAGGACUGGACAGAGGUCAGCGUCCCUCCACCAUCAUAUGAAGGGUCUGUGGUGAGAGCUGUGGCUCAGCUGGAGGAAACACUCAGUAAAGAGAUGAGGAAGCUGCUUGAGUCAGAGCUGAAGAGGGUCCAGCAGUAUGCAGUGGAUGUGACUCUUGAUCCUGAUACAGCACAUCGCUAUCUCAUCCUGUCUGAUGAUGGAGAACAAGUGAAUCAUGGUGAUGUAAAGAAGAAUCUUCCAGACAACCCAGAGAGAUUUUCUCGCUGUCUCUGUGUUUUAGGAAAGCAGAGUUUCUCUUCAGGCAGAUUUUACUUUGAGGUUCAGGUUAAAGGAAAGACUAAAUGGAGUUUUGGAGUGGCCAGAGAGUCGAUCAACAGGAAGGGACUAAUCACACUGAGACCUGAGGAUGGUUACUGGACUAUUGGGUUGAGAAAUGGAAAUAAGUACAAAGCUCUUGAUGACCCUUCAGUCCGUCUCUCUCUGAAGUCUCAGCCUCAGAAGGUGGGGGUGUUUGUGGAUUAUGAGGAGGGUCUGGUCUCCUUUUAUGACGUAGAUGCUGCAGCUCUUAUCUACUGCUUUACUGGCUGCUCCUUCACUGAGAAACUCUUCCCAUUCUUCUGUCCCUAUCUUAAUGAUGGUGGUAAAAACUCUGCACCUCUGAUCAUCUCUCCUGUCAGAGUCUUUCUCAGCAACACAGCAGAGUCUCUGCCAAACACUGAUAUGGCUGCUGCGAACUAUCUGCGAUCUGAAGAUCAGUUUCUGUGCUCCAUCUGUCUGGAUGUGUUCACUGAUCCUGUCACCACACCAUGUGGACACAACUUCUGCAAAAACUGCAUCAAUGAACACUGGGAUACUAACGACCGGUUCCUGUGUCCCAAGUGUAACGAGGCCUUUACCACGAGACCCGAUUUGAGGGUCAACACUUUGUUCUCUGAGAUGGUUGCUCAGUUCAGACAGUCAGCUCAACAGGAAGCCAGCAGCAGCAGCUCAGAGACACAAGUGUCCAAACCAGGAGAAGUUCCCUGUGACGUCUGCACUGGAACCAAACUGAAGGCCCUGAAGUCCUGCCUGGUGUGUCUGGCCUCCUACUGUGAGACUCACCUGGAGCCUCAUCUGACAAUGUCAGGCCUGAAAAGACAUCAGCUGAUCGACCCUGUGGAGAACCUGGAAGGCAGGAUGUGUACGAAGCACGAUAAACCUCUGGAGCUGUUCUGUAAGACCGACCAGACAUGUGUCUGCAUGCUCUGCAAUGUUUCAGACCACAAGACACAUGAGGUUGUUCCUCUGAAGGAAGGAUAUGAAGGAAAGAAGGCCGAGCUGGGGAAGACAGAGGCUGAAAUUCAGCAGAUGAUCCAGAAGAGACGACUGAAGAUUCAGGAGAUCAAACACUCGGUUGACCUCGGUAAGGAAGAUGCAGACAGAGAGAUCGCAGAAGGUGUUCAGGUCUUCACUUCUCUGAAGGAGUCUGUUGAGAGAGGCCAGGCCAAUCUCAUCCACACGAUCAAAGAGAAGCAGAAAACAACAGAGAAACAGGCCGAAGCUUUCAUCAAAGAGCUGGAACAGGAAAUCUCUGAGCUGAUGAAGAGAAGGACUGAGGUGGAGCAGCUCUCACGCUCUCAAGACCACCUCCAUCUUCUCCAGAGUGUCCAGUCCCUAAACACCCACCACCAACCACCCACCAAGGACUGGACAGAGGUCAGCGUCCCUCCACCAUCAUAUGAGGGGUCUGUGGUGAGAGCUGUGGCUCAGCUGGAGGAGACACUCAGUAAACAGAUGAAGAAGCUGCUUCCUGAGUCAGAGCUGAAGAGGAUCCAGCAGUAUGCAGUGGAUGUGACUCUUGAUCCUGAUACAGCAAAUCCCGAACUCAUCCUGUCUGAUGAUGGGAAACAAGUAACUGAUAGUGAUGUAAAGAAGAAACUUCCAAACAACCCAAAGAGAUUUUCUACUGCUCAGUGUGUUUUAGGAAAGCAGAGUUUCUCUUCAGGCAGAUUUUACUUUGAGGUUCAGGUUAAAGGAAAGACUGAAUGGAUUUUAGGAGUGUGCAGAGAGUCGAUCAACAGGAAGGGACAAAUCACACUGAGGCCUCAGAAUGGUUACUGGACUAUAUGGUUGAGAAAUGGAAAUAAGUACAAAGCUCUUGCUGGCCCUCCAGUCGGUCUCUCUCUGAAGUCUCAGCCUCAGAAGGUGGGGGUGUUUGUGGAUUAUGAGGAGGGUCUGGUCUCCUUUUAUGACGUAGAUGCUGCAGCUCUUAUCUACUCCUUUACUGGCUGCUCCUUCACUGAGAAACUCUUCCCAUUCUUCUGUCUCUAUCUUAAUGAUGGUGGCAAAAACUCUGCACCUCUGAUCAUCUCUCCUGUCAGAGUAAACUAAUCAAUUAUUUUACAUCAUGUAUUGAUUUAUUUUUAUUCAAGGGAACAAAUGUACAUAUUUAGAGUUUACUGUGGUGAUUGAUUUAUAUUUCAUUGUUAAGAUUUUUUAUUAUAUGUAUCCCAUUAUAUAAGCCACACAUUCAUUUGAUGCAUUCAUCUCUUCAGCCCUGCAUCCUAACACACUUUAUGUGGAGAAUAUCUAUUAAACCCACAAACAUUUAUUUUAAGAAAUCACUGUUUCUAAAGACACAAAAUAUGCCAAGAUGAAUUUUGAGUAAUUGUGUAAAAAAAAAAUCUGCAAAAUAUCUCGAUUUUUUCUUUUUCUGUUUGAUGUGCAGCCACAGAAAACAUAUUGAUGAAUAUUUAAUUGUGUCACAAAGCUUCACUUGAGAGUAAGGCCUUUCACAUGUCUAUAGUGUCUACAAGAUACAGUUUGUAGUAUAAAAAGUUAAUGGACAAAGUUAAUUAAUAGAAUGGAUGCUAAUGUAAUUUUCUAUGAAAAGUUGUUUGGUUAAUUGCUGGUAAAAUGGAUUAUGAAAUGGAUUAAGAAAUCUGUAAAUAUGUGAUUGUAAAAUAAAAACUGUAAAAUAAACUAGUUGUUGAACACAA